CAGACUGCCGAGGCGGCAGGGGGCGGCAGCGGCCAUUUUGGAGCAGAGAGCGGGGCCGGGCGGCGCGGAGGCAGCGCGGAGGCAGCGCGGAUCCACCGGGGUCGCCGCUCCCUGCCAUGGCCGCCCCGCUCGGCACCGGCACCCGCACGGAGGAACCCGGGCAGGAGAAACAGGAUGCGCAAGAGAAGGAAAUCGUCAUCCCUGAGAGAGCGGAAGAGGCGAAGCUGAAGGCGAAAUACCCCAACCUGGGCCAGAAGCCCGGAGGCUCCGACUUCCUGAUGAAGAGGCUGCAGAAAGGGCAAAAAUACUUCGACUCCGGCGACUACAACAUGGCCAAGGCGAAGAUGAAGAACAAGCAGCUGCCGAGCGCGGGGCCCGACAAGAACCUGGUGACGGGCGACCACAUCCCCACGCCGCAGGACCUCCCGCAGCGAAAAUCCUCGCUUGUGACCAGCAAGCUGGCCGGGUAGCCUGCGCUCACAGGCUGGUUUUUGUUUGUUUUGUUUGUUUUUCCUCCUCGUUUUCCUUUUUUCUUUCGGUUGAUCGGAUUGAACUUCACUGUACCGUAGGGCUGGGAGCACCAGAAUCCACGUAGCUUAUGAGUAUUUACGGCAGACACGCACCAAGCCCAGAAGAGGUGUCGGUAGCCCGGGACACGCUUGGCGGAUGGGGUCGGGCAGUUCCUUUUAGCGAUGCCGGUUUGCUGCCUCCAUUUUCCCCCUGUUGGGAACCAUCCCUGCUUGCGGAGGUGAUUUUUUUUUGGGGGGGGGGAUUUAUUUUUAUUUAUUUCACCCCCCCCCCCCCCCUUGCCUUUUUGUUUCAGGCUUGAAAAACAAAGCGAGGGCGCGGGGCACGCCGCCUGCUCGGCGCGCGCGCCGUCCGCUCCGCGCGGUCGAGGGGCUUUGCGCGGGCUCAGUGGAAGGGCCCCGAGGGCUGCGCUGAACCCGCCCCGAGUUCUGUCCCCCCCCCUCCCGGCUUCCAGAAGCAAGGGGAGGGCGAGCGGACGCCGUUGGCUUUAGGGGUUCCCAGGGGGACAGGAGAAAACCGCAGGAGGGAGGCAGCGGGCGGCGCCGCGCGCGGGGGUACGGCUUUCCUGGGGCGCCUUUCGAGCGCUGGCGCCGCGAUCCCUGCCGGGGCUGCUCCCAACGCUCACGUUUGCCGCCGGGUGGUUCGGAGAGACCCCACGCGAGGGGAUUUCGCUCCGCGGGGCGGGCGAGGAGCGUAGUGGGGACGUUCCCCUCCGUGGGGACGAGGAGUGGAGCGGGGCCGGGCGCGCCGUGUCCUCAGCUCCCCUCCGGGGUCCCUGCGCGACCCGGCCAGGGCCGCGGCUGCACAGCCUCCUCGUGCUCCGCUGCCUGUCCCAGCUGUGUUGUAAAUAGAUAACGAAUCGUAUAUAUAAAAAUAUAUAUAAUUUUGUACAUCUUCAUCUCUCC